GGCGGUAGCGCGGGGGCUGACGGGAGGCCCAGUUCCAAUAUGGCUGAAGAUCCCGGGGGAGUGACUUUUAUUCACUCAAUCAUUUUCUCUUCUCUUUUCCUUUCUCCUGUCGGUUCUGCAACAUGGAAGAACUCUCGAUAACGUGUUUCGGUCUCGUGUUGUCGUCGCAAUGCCAAAGAAAGGGAACAGAAAACGGCUGAAAUACCGGGGAAACAUUUCUUCUGAAGCAGUUACCGUGGCAGAUUAUGCCGAUUCAGAUCCAGCUAUCGUGAAGACUGGUAGAGUAAAGAAAGCUGUAGCGAAUGCAAUUCAGAAAGAAGUAAAGUUGCUGUGUGGUUUGGAAGCGUCUCAAGUCCCUGUGACAGAAGAGGCUCUUUCCUCUGUUCCUGAGGAUCAUUUGGAUUGUGACAGCAGUGAUGAAGUUGAUGUUGAUAGCCACUCAAAUGAGUUGAAGGUUUCUAGGAAAAAGAAAAGCAAAAGACAGCAAGAGAAUGUAGAGGACUGUGGACAACAGUACCCUAUAGAUAUUUGGUUGUUUCUCGCAUCCUACAUACGACCUGAGGAUGUUUCGAAGUUUGCUCUAAUUUGUAAAAAUGCCUGGACUGUUACCUGUACAGCUGCUUUUUGGACCAGGUUAUACCGGAGGUACUACUGUUCAGAUGUGUACUUGCCUGUACGUUUGCAACGUGAGGUCAUAGGAAAGUUGGGUUCGCUGCGUGCCUGUGUGAUCCGUUCAUUGUACCACAUGUAUGAACCAUUUCGUGCUCGUAUAUCAGAAAAACCUGCAAUUCCUGAGUCUACUCCAAACACAUUACAGAAUUGUAGUUGCUUGCUGUACUGGUGCAAGAAGGGAAGUGGAAAUAGAUCAGACCAAAGAUGGGAGUUCAACUACAAAUUCAAAAAGCAGUCUCCCAAGUUAAAGAAUGGCUCUCGAAAUGGGCUUCAGUUUCCACGACAAUAUGAACAGGUACACAAGAACCCUGACCAAGACUGCUACUUGUUGCAGAUCACCACCCUCAAUUUCAUCUUCACGCCAGUGGUUAUGGGAAUGACUCUAGCGUUGUUUACAAUUAGUGUGAGCACUGAUAUGAGGCACCACCGUGUCAGGAUGCUGUUCCAAGACUCCCCACUUCCACAUGGAAAGAAGCCAAAAAAGGACCAAGGACUCCAGGUUAUCUUAGACCCUGUGCAUAGUGUGCGUUUACUGGACUGGUGGCAUCCACAGUAUCCCUUUUCUGCCAACAUUUAAUACUAUUCCCCACUGAAGCAACAUAAUGUGAAACUGCUGGACAAAAUUUGGGCACUGGAAAGUGCUUUGCAUGGUAGACAUGGGAGAUGAGUUCAGUUUUUAGAGCAAUGACUUAUGGAAUUUUGAGAUUCAUAUGUUUCUGUUAUGUCAAAGGUAGAAUUAGCAACUGAAGUGUAAAAGUUGAGAGCUGAAGUGUUAACACUAUUUGGAGCCCCAGAUCUGAGAAACUAGAGAAAAUCAAUUUAAUGUUUGAAUGUAAUUUAUAUAAUGGCAGUGCUCAACAUUACAACUUUCUCAUAUUAAUUUUUCAGAAUGUCUGAAAUGUGGUGUAGGCCAGUUUUCUCUUGUCUUGUAAUUUAUGGAAUUGUUAAACAAUUGCAGCCAUGUGCAAAUAAAAGGACAGUUGCUUACACACAGUUACCUCACCUAGGGUGCACUCAUGCAAUAUGUGUUUCUUUGGUCCUAAUGGCAACCAAUAUAAAAUGUUUUCUUUGUAAUGCGUUCCACUAAAGACGGCUAUAAAAUAAAUCUGCUGCACUAACUAGAAAGUGCUUUGUGACUGCUGAGGAUAUUAAAUUUAAUUCGGGUUAAAAAUCACAAUGUAUCUCAGAUGAUCGUCAUGCAUCACAAGAAAAAUUGGUGUACGCAGUUAGUUUAUUCCCUGGAAAAUGUUUGUAUAGAACACUCUUGAAAUUUGACUUUCUUUGCCCUCCUCACCCCUCCUAUUUUAAUUCUAAAGCAUCAGAAAUGGAGUAAAGUGAAAUAAAGCCUUAGCUUUUGUUUUGUGUAACUUGGGAGAGGCAAUGUUUACCAGACUAUACCUAGAGUAGGGAUACUAAUUUAGUCAUCAGCCUCAGAAAUGAGCAAAAGGAUUUUGAAUUAUAAGGAGGUACAAUUGAAUAUACCCACUCAAUGUCUGGGCCAUUAUUUUUCUAAUUUUGCUUGAAGUACAAUAGAGAGAUCUGUGGAAAUCCAUCAGCUUUUUAAUUGCAAUGGUACUUUGAACAAUAGCCUUAUCACAUUUUUGUAGAUAGUGGGGGAGGAAUUCGGGCGGGUGGUGACAAUAUGUUCAUUGAUCUUCUCAAAAAAGUUAAAUUUAACAUUUUACUUACUAUUCCUGCCCAGUGACAGUGAGUGGCUGCUGUGCACAAUGUGAGAAAUGCUGAUUUUUAUGAUUUCAUAAAAAUGGCUAAUCUAAAUUGCAAAUCUUGUUUCAAUUGCAAACCUGUUGCUUGGUGCAGUUCAAUAUUCGAACAGGAACAUCUAUUGAGCUACGUUUUGUAUGAUUUAGUUUCCAUUACUUAACCUGCUGUCUGAGUCCUUUAAAGACUAGAACAGUUUGGAGACCGAACAUUCUAAUGAUCUAACCUGGACAUGCUACUUAAAUGAAGUAAAAAAGGAAGUUAAAUUCCAAGUUGGCAUUACAUUGCUAAGCAUGAUUGAAUAAUGUGUGAGUGGGAAGUAUGCAAUUUGAAGAUAAUCAUUGAAUAUAGUAUCAUGGAUGCACAUGAGUCGAGUGUUUCUGGUUGAGAAAUUUGAAUACAACAGGGCAUUGCUUUCUCAAGCAAAACUGAUUUAUGCACAGAACAAUUUCAGCUCGCUUGGAUUCAAUAACACAAAUGUUUCAGUGUAGCCUAAAGCUUGCAAGUUAAUGAUUUUUUUUCCUCCAAAUGGGCACUUAAACCAAUGUAUGAAAAUGUAAAAGUUGAAGUAUUUUGAGUUUCUCUGUUAUUGGUGCUUCUCGCAAGUGUAGUUUGUGCUUGUGUUGGGGUGAUUUUGAAUUUGUGGGCAGAUUACAGAUGCAGUGGUCCCAAAACAGUAUGAAAUGUGCACAAAAUUCAGACACGUGUUUAUGUCUGUGCUUAUAUAUGCAGAUUUUCUAAGGUUAGGAGAUACUAUUUGGCCAUUGCUGCAUUUCAUCUAAAUGGACUUGUUCUCACAAUUACUGCACUAAGCUUCUAAUUGUGAUGACUUAGUUCAGAUUCCACCUUCUGCUACAGUAACUAAUUUAUCCAAUAUAGGUAUUUACAUAAAAAGAAAGUUCUUGAAUAGAAAAAAAGUAACAAUUUUAUUUUUAAAUGGUAUCCUUUAAAACAUAAACAGUACAUUGAAAUAAUGCAAUUUUCAGUUGGGAAAGAUGAAAUGUUUGUAGAUUAAAACUGAAAACUGUUAAAUUCUGGUGGACAUGAAUUUCCUGCUAGCUACCUAAUUCCUGUAUUACAUUCUUUUUGUAAUUUUACUAAAAACAGAAACUUGCUUUUGGUGAAAUGUGGCUGAUUGCUCAUAAGUGCAGGCACUUUGCAGAGAGGAGUAGGGCACAAGUUCCAAAUAAUUUGGAGAAUUCAAUUUGCAAACAUUAAAGCUUUCUUUUGUUAGAAGUGAAAACCAGGUCCCCAAGUGUAGCACUUUGUCCAGGAUAUUCAAACAAGUUCUCUUGAAUAAUAUGUCUCACAUGAAACUUGUUUCCUCCAAGAAACCUAAUUGCUUUGAUGAUGUCUUUUUAAUAUAAAUAUUAUUUUGCUGAUCCAGUUUUUGCAGUUCAAAUAGGAAGACUCAAACAUUUAACAAUUAGCAAUCAAAAGAUUUUUUUCCAGUAAUAUAUGCUUGACUUACAUGUUGGUAGUGCAUUUUGAGUUACAAGAGGAUAUAUUGAUGCAUUUUUCAAUUGUGAUUCUGCAUUCCAAUUUUUCUGCUGUGACAUUUGUGUUGAGACUUGCCUAUUAUAUAACCAUAAAACUCUCCAUCAUUUUCCUUUAAAGUGAUGGGGAGCCAUUGGAGGAAGUAAUGAAGUAUGAUCAUCAAAUAUAGCUGUAAAUAGAAUUGUUGAAAGUUGAUUUUAAUACCUUUGCCCAUUUAAAAUUGAGACUUGCGCACUUGCGUAAAUUGCCCUCUUUUGAUGAGUAAAUUUGCUGAGAUUUAAUGCAUUCUACUGAGUGGAAAAUCAAGUGUGGAUAAAAUACUGGUGUAGACCAAAAUUAUACCACUGUUGGACAUCUAAUAAUGCAGCAAGACCUACUUAUAAUGAGGCAGAAAUCCAUGAAUUAUAUUCAAAGCUGUUCAUUUCUACUCGAGCAAUAUAUUGCUAUUGUCCUGUAAAAUAUAAUUCAAAUCUACUGAAAUAUAUCCUGGCUCCUUCAAAUGGACUUUAAGUAAAUGUUUAACUUGAUGUAGGUUGACAACUGGUGAGCAUGGUUGCCUGAAAUAAUGUUCUAGAUUUAUUUCUUUCAUAAUCUGAGAUUCUAAUGUUCAAUUUUUUUAAAGAAGUAAAAACUUGGAUUUGACGUAAGUUGAAAUGCUUCUGUGCAAAUCUAAUCCAAAGAUGGAACAGAUUGCAUUUUUACUCUGUACAAUUUCAUGAGCCCAAUAAAGUUUGCGUGAAAGCUUGUAAA